CAAACAGACAAAACUAAGGCAGAGACAUUAUUAGCGACGAUUUCAAUACAACUCAAAUCGAUAAUAUCAAUGUUGAUUCAAUGGUGUCAAUGUAAAUUUCUCUGCGUGUAAUUGCCGCUUCUGAUUUUUUUUAAAUUCCGCGAAUGACGUAACAUUGAACGUGUGUAGUAGUUAACACACACGAGUAAGUGUGUUGGUCAACCCGCGUCCUCAACAUUAAGUCAGCUCCAGGAUGUAACUGUAUUGUGUGUUAAUGGCUUAAUCAGUGUACAGAGUGAAAACACUGGCAACAUGGGAGCGACCGUGUCUAUAAUAAAACGUCCUCCACAUUUAAACACACAAAACAAAAUCCACCCAGAAGAUACAGGCAAUGAACAAAAUGCAGCAACUCCUCAACAAUCCGUUGGUAAAAAGCUCAAACUUUUCGUGUUCUGGAGCAAAAGUUCCUCCCAUAGACAGUGGCUUCGUGUGGAACGAUUGGCUCGCCUACAGACGUCCCUGUCCUCACAAAUACAUCCAUCACUGCCCUCACAAAUACAUCCAUCACUGCCCUCACCCACACAUGCGCCACCAGGCUCGAACACUACCGACAAAAAAGCUAGCCCAUGCCAAGUACAAAUCAAGUUUGGAGCCCACCCCGUCGUUUCAUACACAGCACAGGUUCGUGCUAGAUCGCCAGCCACUCAACACAGACCGACCUCAAGAAACUCGGCGAAACAAAAAACUUCUUCGGUUUUUCAAGUAAAACAACCAUGGUCUAAAUUUUUAAACAGAUUUUCAUCUGAAAAAAUGCAGGAACAGCUUACAAAAGUAGAAGUUUUAAAACAUAUACAAACAGACGACAGUAUUUAUAUAAGCUUCCAGGGGAAAGCAAAACACGUGAAACUGGCCCAAACACUGUUGGAAACUAUGAAGCAACAGCUGGUCACUUAUCGUGUUAAACUGGAACAAGAAUUUCCUGACAGGAAAAAGUUGCAGCAAGUCAAGAAAAUGAUCUCAACAAAUGUAAUCAGACCCUCCCUGGACGAGCUAGAGCCAGAGAUUGAGUGCGUCAUCGACACCCACGGUCCAAACAUCACGCUCAUAUUUGACAACAGACACGAAACAGCUUUGUACAGCAACACACGGCUGUCCGAGCUGUAUAGCUGUGUUGGUCAGAUGUUGUGGGCCAAAGUUAAACCUGUUCUUUCAAUGCCAAGGGGGACAGUGGAGUUUCUGGGGCUCGCUGCCCAGAAAGACGAUGUCCCGCCCUAUUGGCGCUGCAACAUGGAUGCCGGAAGUAGUUCUAUAAGUCUAGACUCGACGCAUCCGUUGGUUUACGUCGGCAGAAUCACACGAGAAGCGAUCACUGACCUGGUGUUUCAAACCUUCGACCAGUCGUCCAUCGGCGUGGGUCGAGAUGCUCGCGGACUACGUCAUAAUUCCAUACAAGUUGUCAGCGUGCAGAGAGUAGAGAACCAACGGCUGUUUAAGAUCUACAACGACAAACGGAAGCGGAUGUGUGAGUCCAUGUACUCAAAGAGACGUCUGUGUAAGCCCGUAGAUCAGCUGCUAGGCUCCAGGGGUGCCGUUAGAACCACUGACGUCAUACAACGGUUCAUGAAGAAAGAGUUGUACACUGAGAUUAACGAGCACUACCUGUUUCACGGCACCAAGGCAAAUCUUGUGGACGCUGUUCUCAAUAAUGGACUUGACCCUCGGGUCGGUGGGUCCCAUUGUAUGCUGGGUAAAGGCAUUUAUACAGCAGAGAUGGUCACCAAGUCUGACCAGUACACAGACUCUCAAACAUCACGUGGACAAGAUGGCGUCCUGCUGUUAAUGCGCGUGUUGCUAGGAGACGUAUACGUCAUAUCUCGGAAUAGCCCGUACAUCACAGGCCCUGAGAAACUGACCAGACCACCGUGUGUUCAAUGCCAGAAGGACAGGUGCUCAUGUCCUAACCAGGUCCUGUACGACUCCGUCAUGUUAGAUGGGGGCGCUCAAUUCCGUGAGUUCGUGGUCUACGACAGGGAUCAGUGCUACCCUGAGUACGUCAUCAAAUACAGGAGGAUUGUGGACCCCAAAAACUAAAUAAAUAUUUAUUCCAUUCC